UGAUCCCUACCGGGUGCUUCGGUAUCUUUUCCGUUAUUGGCGAAUGCUUAUCUUAAAGACUACAUCCACCACUGACUGAGGAUAUUAUAUUCUCCGUCUAGUAGUGGGUGGUCUGGGCCUACUUUAACAGGGACAGCCGCUUGACUGGAAUUUUGAAAAAAACGAUGAAUUAUGAUGUGGAGGCAAAUGGUUCAAGUACUAGUCAAAUGCAUGCAGCAGAAGGAAUGGACAGUUGCUCUCAAGGGAACAACACAAUAACAGCAACAUCUUCCAAAUCAGAAAUCCCGUUACAUGUAACAGGGAAUAGGGGAAGGAUCCUUACCCCGGCAGAAGCAGAAAAGCUCAUGAAAGACCAGAGCUUUGUGUCAGAUUACAAACAAAAAAAACUUGAAAGAGAGGCACAGCGAAACUGGGAUUUGUUUUACAAGAGGAACAGCAUCAACUUCUUCAAAGAUAGACAUUGGACAACCAGGGAGUUUGAAGAGCUGAAAUCAAGUAGAGACCUUGAGCAUCGGCAACUGAUUGUCUUGGAAGCAGGCUGUGGAGUUGGAAACUCUUUAUUCCCUCUGUUAGAGUGUGAUCUGAAUGUUUUCAUUUAUGCUUGCGACUUCUCUCCACGAGCUGUAGAAUUUGUGAAGGAAAAUCGCUUAUAUAACACUGAACGAUGCAAAGCCUUUCAGUGUGAUCUGACAAAAGAUAAUUUACUGGAGAAUGUGCCUGCUGACUCAGUGGAUGUUGUUAUGCUGAUUUUUGUGCUCUCCUCCAUUCAUCCUGAGAAGAUGCAGCUGGCCCUAGAAAAUAUUUAUAAAAUACUAAAACCAGGUGGAUGCAUCUUAUUUAGAGAUUAUGGACUGUAUGACCACGCCAUGCUCAGAUUCAAAUCUGGCCAUAAGCUUGGCCCAAACUUUUAUGUUCGACAAGAUGGAACCAGGUCCUUCUUUUUUUCCGAUGACUAUGUGGCACAACUCUUGGCAUCUUCCGGUUACGAGGUGUUAAUGAACGACUAUGUUUCCCGAGUGACUGUUAAUAAGAAGGAAGAUCUGUGUGUUCCAAGAGUUUUUCUUCAGUGCAAAUUUAAGAAGUCAAAAAAAAUCGCUGAGCAUUGAAGUGAUUUCAACUGCUGAUUUAAAAAAAGGUUUCAAUGUUUCACUUAGACAAACUUUGUAGAACCAGUAGAACUGAAAUGGUGUCUUGCUGAAUUCCAUUCAAUUCAGAGAUACACCACAGAAACAAAUCAUUCAGCCCACCGAGUCCAUGCUGACCCAAGAUGCCCCAUCUCUGCUCGUCCCACCUGCCUGCGUUUGACCCACAUACCUCUAAACCUUUCGUAUCCAUGUACAUGUCUAAAUGUCUUGGAGGAAUAGUAAAGGAAAGUUGGAAGAAUGAGAAGAUCGUUUGUUGCUUUUAUGCUCAUUCCAAUGGCUGACAUGGUGAAAAAUAUUGAAUUUAUUUGAAAGUAUGAUAAUUGCAAAAAGAAAUGUUAAAACAAAUUAUGCGUGUUCCAAGAUUAGAAUUUUAGGAAAUGUUCUAUCACUUGUUUAAUUCACUUUUGUAAAGUGUAUAUGUUGAAGUUUUACAAACUUUCCUCAUACUUUGUUUUAAUAAACUAUAUAUUUUUAAAGUACAA